GGCAAGCAUAUACUGUAUCAGAGAAAACGAUCCUUCUCCACUCGUCCACUAGUACCUGCAUCAUCCACAUAGUGUGGGUAAACCCAUUUCUUCUCCACUCAUGCCUCCAUCAAGCUCGUAAUUGCAGCAAGAGAGAGGACACAAGUCCGAGAAACCAUAGAUCUCCACUCCACUACUGGAUUAGAUCUAUGGAGGAGGGGUAAUCGGCGGAGCAAUAGAAAGAGAGAUCGAUGGAGGCGUUUGCUGUAGCCUUAUUUGGCGCAGCGGCCAGUGCCGCCGUGUCGAAGCUCAGCAAGGUAAUAGGUGAAUUAAGCAAAAGGAGAGAGAGAAAAGCUAGUGUGGCGGUGAAGAAUGAUGCUAAUUACAUCAAAAAUGAUCUCGAGUUCAUACAAGUUAUCAUGCAACAGUGUUUUGAUUCCAGUGGCGGACACGUCAGUCCUUUGCAGCUAGUAUGCAUUGCAUUGCUGAGGCGCUUGGCAUAUGACAUCCAAGACUGCAUGGACAGCUUCAAUGCCGACAAGACGACCUUCACUGAAUUUGCCAACGAGAUUGCUGGCCUCAAGGCCAGAUCAAUCGACACGAAAGAUCAGAUACUGAGUUAUAUGAAGGUGAUAACACUAGCAGUUAACGGGACAUCACAAGGGGCAGCUGGGACUGCACACCAAGCAGCUCCUUCUGUCCCCAGGGAGCUUCAGGAUCUUCUUAGCGACCAGAGCCGCCAGGCUUGGCUUGUUCGUAACCUUGACUGCUUGCUUUAUUUGUGCUUGUUCCCUCCUGAGCAUGAUGUUAGGACUAAGCCCCUAAUCAGGAGAUGGCUGGCUGAAGAAUUAGUAGAGGUUGAACAAGGCGCAGUCAACAAUUUGAAAAUCCUCAUCACAGCCAGUAUCAUCUGUUCCACCCGGAGAGGCAACAACGGGGAUGUAAAGAUAUGCCGACCCACUGAUGAGACACUCCAAUGGAUCUCUGAAAUGUCAGUCUCCCAGAAUUUCAUUGUCUUGUGUGACGGCAGGGCCCAAUUGCCGGCCGAUGAAGCCCGCAGGCUAUCUGUGCACCCUCCUGCAAAUGUCAAACUGAAUUUGCCUCAGAAUUUAUCUCGUCUCCGGACCCUGGCGGUAUUCCCUGCUGCUGGGGCGAAUCUCUCCAAUUAUGAAGCUGUUUUCGAUUUUGCCAAGUAUGAAAUGCUGAGAGUGUUGGAUCUGAAAGAAUGUGGUCACCUGAGUGAUGGCCAUAUUCAGGCUAUCUGUGACCUGGUGCUGAUGAAAUAUUUGAGCAUCAAUUUGGGCAGCAUUGGUUUCAUUACAAGGGAUAUCGGCAUGCUGAAACAGUUAGAGACGCUCGAUCUGAGUGGAAGCCAAACUGUGACGGUGUUCAAGGAAGUGCUCCUGCUGCCCAAGCUGAAGCACCUCCUUGGCAAGUUCCAGCUUUCUAGAAUAGAUAUCACCUCUGUGCCCGUAGUGGGAUGGUUUGAAUCAAAUCUAGAGAGGUUCCUAAGAGAUAAGAGUGUGCUGGAGACACUAGCAGGAUUUGUCACCGGCGAGACACUAGGAUUUCCACAGCUGAUGAGUCUUAUGAGGCGGUUGCGGGAGGUGAAGAUAUGGUGCGGAUCCAACGCAAGCAAAAGAAACCUGAAAGAUCUUUCAAAUGCCAUUACGGAAUUCAUUCAUAGAACUACCAGAGAGCCUCAUGUUCAUUGGUCCCUAUCGAUCCAUUUCGAAGGAUCCUCAGGGGAAUUCACCAAGAAGAUAGUGUCAGUCGCCGGCAAACUCGACUCGCUCAAGCUGCACGGUAACCUCAGCCAAUUUCCUCUGUUUGUUGCAGGGCUUAGUGAUAUCAAGGAGCUGUGCCUCUCGUCCACUGGUCUGAGCUGGGAUGUUAUUCGAGACGGGCUGACCGAUGUGAGGGGAUUGAAAUAUCUGAAGCUUAUUGAAGAUAACCUUGGGUCCCUCGACAUACUGUCUGAAGCUGAGCACCUCAAAUCCAUUGAGCGAAUAUUCGUUGUGUGCAAGCAAACGCUGGAAGUAGCAAUCAGAGCAGUCGCGCUGCCCGCUCUUGUCUCACUUCAUAUCCUCUGUGAAGAUCUGCAUGGCAUUCCUGAUGAACCCCUCAUCGAAAUCAUUCCCAUGGCGAAACUCCAGGAAGUCGCUCUCCAUCAACAAGUCGAGGGUGCAACAAAAGAUGAAAUGCUACGCAUUGCAACGGGCCAUCCUAAUAAGCCCGACGUUUUGUUCCUCGAGUAUCCCCAGUAAUUAAUGCAGACUUAAUCAAACAAAGUGGAAAUCAGCCAGGGUUUCACCCAACAACUUAAGCUGGACGCUUCUUCUCUCGUCGUGCGGCGGGUUUCAUUAUAAUAAAGGUGUACUACCACAGGUUGUUCGCUUUAUCUUUCCAGGUUACUCCUGUGCAGUGCAGCGGAGCACCGUAUCUUUUAUAUGUUUCAGAGAGAUAAAACCGUACUCUUACUGUAAAUUUUAUUUUGCUCCUUCAAAUCAGGAAAUUUCCUAUUAACUGUUGUGUUUGUUUACUCCCAUCCAUUAUUUUAGCUUUGGGCUUUCUAUAUAUGUUGAACAAGCUUGGUGAUCAACUGUUAUGUCAAUUUCGGUGAUUAA